AUGGCCGACGUGCGGGCCCUUCUUCGGCAGCAGCGGACGGCGCGGCGCAUCGACCAUCCGCUCGCCGUGUACUCGGACAGCGGCAAGCUCUCGUGCGCCGUCUGCCGCGAACCGGUUCGACCCGAGUCGGCCUGGGACGACCACCUGCGGAGCGCACAGCACCGGCAAAAGGUGCGGGCGGUACAGGCGCUGCAGUCAAACACGGUCAAUGACGGGCCUGAAGCCACAGCACCAGCCGCCGCAAACGCCGCAAACGGCCACAGCGAUGCUGCGCCAAUACUGGCGCACAAGCGGAGGUACAGCGAGACAGAGGACGAUGGCGAUGUCGACAUGGGCAGCGAUGGCGACGGUGGCAGCGUCGGAAACGAGGACGAGCCGUCUCGCAAGAAGCAGCACCGGGCAGAGCUGCCGCCGGGCGUGAAGCCGACGGUCGAAAAGCCGACAAUCGAGAUCAAGAGCCCCAUUGAAGGCCGAGAGGCAGAGUCUGGCAGAGCCCACGGCCACGAGCCACCGCGGAAGCUGUCGCUGUCGACGACGCCUCAGCUGACACCACCGCUGGCCCGCCGCAGCUCGGGAACCCCUGCCCAGGGCGUGGAGAUGCGCAUCCCGUCGCGGCCGGCGACACCGAUUGCCAUUAAGGAUAGUUUUCUGGGCGGUGGCAGUGGUGUCAGCAACAACAACAACGGAAACACCAGCGGAAGCAACAGCGGCAGCAACAGCGGCGGACUCCCCUCGGCGGCGUCCACGCCAAAAAUGGCACCACUGGGCCGGUCACCGCUCAUUCCGCAGGAGGCACAGAUGGCCGCACAAUCUGCAUCCGGGCCACUCAACGACGCCGUGAACGGGUCGAACGGCACAACCGCAGCACGACCAAAGACGACGACAAAAGCAACAACGACAACGAUCGUAGAGGAAGACGAGGCGGCACCAGGGAUUGCGCAGGCGGACAUUGACGAGGACGAGUGGGCCGCGUUUGAGGCCGAGGUGGUCAACGCGCCAGAACCACGGCCGGCCCUACCCACGACAGCAACAGGCGGCACAGGCACACGCCCCGAUAUGAACGGGGGCCUGGUGGCGUCGGCGCCCGUCGUCUCCGCACAGGAUCUCACGGCGGUCGAGGGCGACGACGACGAGCGCUCCAAACGGCGCGAAGCAGAAGAGGCCCAGCGCAUGGCCGAAAAGGAAGAGGCGACGCGGGCACGCGAGGACGAGUUUGAGGACAUGCAGGAGCUCGAGUCGCGCGUGCAGAAGCUCAAAGAGAAGCGGGAGGCGCUGCGGAGCCAAGCAUCACAGCAGCAGCUGCGGACGACGAAAUCGACGACACUGGCGCCGCCUGCUGUGCUGAGCGGCGAGGCAACACGCCGGCUCUCGGCCACCAUGGUCGACAAGGAGGACAUCCGGCAGCAGCUGGCGGCGACACAUGCAAAGAGCGAGCCUGCCGUAGACGAAGAUGACGUCGACGAGGACGAGGACGAAGACGAAGCAGACUGGGAUGCCUUCCGCUUCCGCUCAUAG